GUGACCUAUGAUGAUGUGCAUGUCAACUUCACUCAGGAGGAGUGGGCAUUGCUGAAUCCUUCCCAGAAGAAUCUCUAUAAAGAUGUGAUGCAGGAGACAUAUUCGAACCUCACUGCUAUAGGAUACAAUUGGGAAGACCUUGAAGUUGAAGAACAUUGUGCAAGUUCUGAACGACAUGAAAGGCAUUCAAGAACACAUACUGGAGAGAAACCCUAUGAAUGUAAUCAGUGUGGUAAAGCCUUUUUACUUCACAAUAAUCUUGAAAUGCAUAGAAAAACACAUACUGGAGAGAAAUCCUAUGAAUGUAAUCAGUGUGGUAAAGCCUUUGUACAACAUGGUCAUCUUCAAAGGCACACAAGAACACAUACUGGAGAGAAACCUUAUGAAUGUAAUCAGUGUGGUAAAGCCUUUGCUCAAAACAGUGUUCUUCAAAUGCAUAAAAGAACUCACACUGGAGAGAAACCCUAUGAAUGUAAUCAGUGU